CAAUCCAACACUCAUUCGCGAAGUCACGGAACGAAGGAACCUGGAGGGAUGACCGAGGUGGCAGGGGACCGGUAAUUUAAUAGCCACUCCUCUGGCUGAAUAUCCGUGAAUAUUAUCCGACAUUGCUGCCGGUGACUAACGUUGAAGGACGCUGCGAAAAGGACCAGCAUCUUCUCCGACCGUAGAGAUUCGCACGAGAAACUUGCAACAUGCCUUCCUACAAGCUGACUUACUUUUCCGUUAAGGCGCUGGCCGAGCCGAUUCGCUUCCUUUUCAGUUACGCCGACAUCGAGUUCGAGGACGACCGUUUCAACCGUGAUGAUUGGCCGAAGAUUAAGCCGAAUAUGCCGUUUGGCCAAGUACCCGUUCUCGAAGUAGACGGAAAGAAGAUCAACCAGUCCGUAGCUAUUUGCCGCUACUUGGCGAAGCAGUGCGGACUCGCCGGCAAGGACGAUUGGGAGGCCAUGGAGAUUGACGCCACUGUCGAUACGAUACACGAUUUGCGUCAAAAGAUCGGGGCCUAUCAUUAUGAGAGCGACGAAAAUGCCAAGGCGGCGAAGCACAAGGUGGCCGAGGAGCAAGUGCCAUACUACCUGGAACGUCUGGACGCUCAGGUGCAGAAAAACGGCGGUUACUUCGUCGGCGGUGCUCUCAGCUGGGCCGAUUUCACUUUCGUCGCCCUGCUCGACUACAUGAACUACAUGAUGAAGCCAGAUGGAGACAUCAUCGAGAAGUACGAUAACUUGAAGCAGCUGAAGCAGAAGGUUGUGGAAAUGCCGGCCAUCAAGAGCUGGAUCGAGAAACGCCCACAGAGCGACGCGUAAUAAUGUCAUUGUUUUGAUCGUACGUGGUUUUUCUCGAGCGAAGACGUCGAUGCGGCGACUCGCCGAAAUGCUCGAAUGACCCUCAGCGAAAAUCGCUGUUCAUUUCGUUUGAAUCAUAUAAUCGAUUUCCUUUCACCAUGCUUUAUUAUAUCUAUGCGUAAGAGAGAUUAUUCGAUAGAUUUAGAACCGCGCACCUAUGAAUACAUAUUUUUUUAACACA